CUGUGCAGCCUAUCAGAGCCUGUCCCGAAGACCCCUGGCCCUGGGGUCCUCGUCAGCUCAACCUCAGCACGCGGGCAGCAUUGGCCGCCGGUCACCAUCACUGCAGGUCCAGCGACUGACACGGCGUCGACCUUGUCCUGUGUCCUGAUCCAACACUCGGCCCAAGCGAGCGUCUAUCGCCCGCACCUGCCAACGACAACACCCAUCGCAGCACAAGUGUCCUCCCUCCAAGCCGCCUAGCACAACCUCCUAGCUCUUUUGAACGACCCCAAUAGCCUCGCAAAGGCUCGCGCACGCCGCCAGCCCCAUCUGGUCUCGCCUUCAGUCAGACAAACAGGCCCGUUGCUGCUUCCAUAUCGCGGUCGAGGCCAGCCGAGCCUCGCUCAGCUCCCCGCCUCCGAAGGCCCAGGUUUGGGCAUUCGCUCCCAGCUGCGACGAGCGAGGCAUUUGGAAGAUCCUGUGUCGUAUCGUCGCCUGUCUCCAAGCCUUGAGAAUUCGACGAAAGAAACGACGCCCCCCCAGGUUCCCCAGGACCAGGCCGAGACCAGCAGUCCCGUCACCCCUCACCCUCGCCCUCGCCCUACCCCUCCCACCAACCCCCCGCCCGAAAACGCUGGCUGCUGUCAACGAGUAGCUCCCCCCACCCUCCUGUCCAGACCGUACCGUACCGUUCCGUACGGUUGGAGCCGCCCAGACAGCCAGACAGCGUCGCGUGUUGCAGGCGCCCCCGUUCAAAAGUUAAGGACGGCCAUGGAAGGCACAAACCUGCAGACCCCUGAAGAUGCAUUGUCCUACAUCGCCCCAAUCGGUGAGUUAGUACCCUAUACGCGCCAUGUCACCGCAUCUCACCCAACCAUUCGGACCCGUGUCACAUCUCUGCAACAUCGUUGGCUGCUGCUUUGCUUGUCAGGAAUAGGCCAAACCUUACUGCUGUUUCCGUGCUGCCCUCGUGUCGUCUCACCUCACCUCACCUCACCCUCAUACCAAAGCUGGUACAGAGUGCGGCCCGCCGCAUUCUGAAUCUGGCCCAUAUGGCUUGGGACAUCCCACGUUGACUCCUGGCGUCGAGUCACACCGCCGACCUGAUGCCCAGAUGUGCCUGCACGCACUCUUGCCCAUGCCCUUGGCUUCCCGUGCAGCGGCACAGGGAAUGCCAUCCCAAGUCGAUGCUGCUUUCGAGUGAGAGUCUCCUACCUGCUGUGUGCCAGUUGCUCCCAGGAGCAAAAGCAAGAGAAAAAGCAAAGGCAAAUAUCAACACCAGCCUCCGUCCGCAGCUCCCUGAUGUAACACAUUCUGGGACGGUCUGCCCCGAGGUGGACUUCCGAGAAACAUCUUCACCCACAGCACACACGUACUUUCUUCUAUCUCAGGCUUUCGUUGUUACAGCCCUGGAUGGACUGUAUGUAGGACAGAUGGUAGCGCUUCUGUUCGUCAAUGUACUCUGCAAAUAUCAUGGGCCACCUGUCCGCCCAUCGAAUUGCGAUGGCGGCUACUUGUGCUGCAUUCCACUAACGAGCUGUUGUGGUACAGGAUACAGUAAUUCCUCAGACUGCGGAUACUGCCGAAAGACUCGCAGCGGUCAGUCAGACGUCAAACGAUAUUCGUAUUAUGCAUCCGGAUACUCUUUGACCCCUGAAUUUUACGAGGCCCUCAUAAAACGAUGUUGGAGGCGCUCGGGAACCCUGCUGUACCGGCCAAACCAGAAGAGUGCUUGUUGUCCGCACUACACCCUCCGCCUGGACUCGGCCCAGUUUAAACCAUCCCGAGACCAGCGUCAAGCAGUGAACCGCUUCAACCGCUUCAUCAUCGGGGAGGCUUAUGCCAGGGAAGCCGCCCGGCGCUACCCACUCACGCGAGACCAGGCCCGCAAACGCGACACCUGUUUCGACCUCGUUGAGAGGAUCCAUGAGGCAGAGGCAGAGCACCUGAAAACUCCACUCCAGCCAGCACAUGAACUCAAGGUGACGCUGGAGCCAGAUACGUUCACCGAUGAGAAGUUCGCCGUAUUUGAUAACUACCAGAGGCGUGUGCAUGGAGAGGCCCCUUCAAGCAUCAGUCAGAGAGGAUUCAAAAAGUUUCUCUGCAACUCACCGGUAAGGAGGGGUAUGCACACGGAUGCCGACGGGAAGAGUCGACAAGUCGGCUCAUUCCAUCAGUGCUAUCGCCUAGACGGCAAGUUGGUGGCGGUGGGGGUGCUCGACCUGCUUCCCGAGGCCGUGAGCGCUGUCUACUUCAUGUAUCACGAGUCCAUACACAAGCACCAGCCCGGCAAGCUUGGUGCUCUGAGAGAGAUCGCCCUGGCGAUGGAGGGCGGCUACCGUUACUGGUGGGCGGGCUACUAUAUUCACAGCUGCCCCAAGAUGCGCUACAAGAUCGACUAUCAUCCGCAGUAUGUACUGGAUCCGGAGACGUUGACUUGGGACCUCUUGGACCAGGAAGCCCUGGAAAUAUUCGACAAGAAGCACUACGUUAGCCUGUCCAGAGACCGCAAAGUUGCUGCUGCCAAGGGCCAAGAGAACGAUGUCGACAACAGCACGAGCGAAGGCUCUGCCGAAAACACCAACGUGGACGGCGACAGCGAUUCAAACUUCAGCGACGACGACGACGACGACGACGACGACGACGACGACGACGACGACGGCGAAGACAUCUCGCUCUUCCAUAGCGACAUGCCUGGCAUUGUGACCAUGUCCGAUCUCGAGAACAAGUUCGAUUUGGACCACAUACGCGUCAUGUCGGACAAUACAGAUGGUUUCUUCUUCACCUGCGAAGCCAACAUCUGGGACCGCAGCAGCAUACGUGAAGUCGGGUCCCUCAAGUCUCGGAUAGCGGAAUUGGCGGCCGCCAUAGGCCCUGAUCUCCUCCAACAGAUAUGUCUCGAUUUCCGGCGAAAACGGCAGUGAAACAUGUUGAACAAGAUGUACUUCACAGCGCCUCAAACUCAUGGAAUCGCUAGGGACAUCUUACUCGCAGCAGGAGGCACUGGUCGCUCCAAUGAAACGAUAUUGCUGAGACAUUUACCAAAGCUGUGGUUCCCGGGUGGGGCGAGCCCGUGAUUGGCAAUCCGCUGACAAGCCGUACAUCACCGAGUCCUUCACAGACUUGGCCAAGAGGCACUGCCUACGGUUUAUGCGAUGAUUGAUACUCAACGAUCAAGCUACUGUAGCACUCCAAUAUAAGCACGCCUUUUCUGAUGAGGCACUUGAA